AUGAGGUUUCCAUCGCUUGUCUUGCUCGUGUUGUGCGGCAUUUUGGCGCAGGGGCAACGCGACGACAACGGCGGCCACAGGUGCUUCCCAGCGAUCUUCGGCUUUGGCGACGAUUGGGGCGAUGUCGGGAACCUCCAGGCGCUGUAUCCGGCGGAUCUUGAGAAGCUGGAGGACGAGGCGCCCUACGGGAUGUCCUACUUCAAGAAGCCUGCGCGGCGGCUCUCGGACGGGCGCUUGAUGCUGGAUUUCGUCGGUAAUAUCGCUCUCCUUGCCCAUUCUUGCUCGAAUCUCAUCUUCUUUUGGGCGAUCCGCAGCUCAGGCGCUGGGAAUGCCCCUUCUUUCGUCCUACGCUGUGGGGGUUGUCUCGAAUUUGCAGCACGGCAUCAGCUUUGCCGUUGCCGGGAGCACUGCGAGCUCGAUUGGUUUGCAGCAGAACCCGUAUCAUCUCAUGAUUCAGAUCCAGUGGCUCCAGAAGCUCGAGUCGGACCUAAGACCACCGAGACUUUGCCUAACGAGCAUUCGUUCCAGGAGGGUCUCUACAUGAUUUCUACCGGGCAGAACGACUACAGAUACGCAUUCUUCCGCGAUAACAGAACGGUUCGUGAAGUGGAGCGCACUGUAAUCCCCUACGUCGUGGAGAACAUCACCGCCACUGUUUUGUUCUUCACAACGAGCGUCUCAGGGUCACCAUAG